AUGGACCAAUGUUGGCAACAGGAAAUGCUUUCCUCGCGCGCCUUUCAUAAUCGGAAGACUCGCAAAUUUAUACCACAACGUUCUAGCGCUUUAAGCAUUUCAAGAAUCCUCGGCUCAUACCAGCUUCAAUGCCCUAAAGCCCAUUCCCUGGCCUGUACGUCGCCAUGCGAUAGGGACCCAACUAAAGAUCAAAGGGAUGUAAAACAUAAACAUCACUCCGAGAACUCGGCGCGGUUUGAGGUUUUUCGGUUUACCGAUGGGGAAGAUGGGUUGCAAGGUGACCUAUUUCUUCCCGGCGUGUUGGAUGCUUCCUUUAUCAUGGCAGGAAGUCGGAAGAAAAUCCACGACAUCUUGGAUCGCGCAAACAUCUCCACGGAACAAGAUUGCGAGGCCGAAAACGCUGAACAUAUCGCUGAGGAAAAAUCAGCGGAUGAAUUCGACGUUGAUGAUCAACAACACGAGACCUGCCCCGAACAGCAAUCAUUUGAGGCUUCCGGAGAUGAAGAUAAUCGCCCCAACGCGCCUCAUGACUACAAGACCACUGAAGAGCUGCGGUCGGAAAACUUUGAGAAGAACACCUUCCGACAACCAAAGUUCUGGCUUUCAUGGAGAGGAAAUGUCCUUGUGAAGCCUCAAUCGGGCGCAGCCUCGGCACCACUCGACGCGAUUCAAUCAGGCAUUGGUUAUAUAGUCUUUACUGGAAAUAAGUACCAAAAGUUCAAGGGUACCAUCAGUUGUGAUCUUUUGGGCUGGGAUAAUGUUGCAAUAACUGGUUGGAAACAGUGA